AUGUCCACUCAACGAUUUCCCACCAGGGUGCCCUGCACCUACAAGGAGUGCAGCGGUGUCUUUACAUCGGUAGGGGAGAUGAAGAGGCACAAGGUGAACGAACACGACUAUUGCAGCCGUUGCGACGAGGAUUUCCAGGAUGAUGAGUAUCUUCUGCUCCACAAGAUCAAGAGUGACAAGCAUAUCGUGUGUGUAGUUUGUGGUAUCGAUUUCCGCAGCGAGGGUGGUAGAGACCUUCAUACCCGUCAGCAACACCGAACUCCGCAGACCCUGACCUGUUACGGCUGCGGACAGAAGUUUAAGAUGGCAGGUGCCAUGGUGAAUCACGUCGAGAGCGGCGAUUGCCCAAAUAUCCCCUUAUCUAGUCUGCUACAGGAACAGUCAAAAAGACUCCUCUUCCGAGAGGCGCUUAAGACAGGUAACGAGGGUGAGAGCGCUGAACCCGAUUGCCAAGACGGCGGAGUCCAUAUUGACCAGGACCUUUUGGAGAUGGACCCUGACAACGAGGCCACUCAAUCUGUCGUGGGCGGGGUGAGCGGUCUAUCUCUUGACGACAACAUCCCGGAACCGAAGAGCAAGUCGUCGAUUGCUUCUCCGUCUUCGGUUCGCGAGACGAGAGAACAAUCAGCAUCUGCCGGAAAGAUCGCGAGGCCAUCGAGCCCAAGCCCAGGCCCAAGCAACUCCUUCGGCAUUGACCACCUUGACGCAGGAUACACUCUUCGGGCGCUGGACCGGAACUGGGACCCUACCGUAUACUUCAGUUCCUUCCACGGCAAGUUUAUCUGCCCCUGUAAGGCUGAAUUCUCCAGCAUGAGAGACUUCGAGGAGCAUGUCGUAACGAAGACCAACCAGAACAGAGGCAUUCAGUGCCCUGGAUGUCUUCGCAUCUUCCGAACGGCGGCUGCCCUGGUGGCUCACUGCGAGUCGGCCAGUACUCGAUGCAAGGUGAACAGGGGGCUUCAGUUCAGCCAAGUCAUCAACGAUAUCAGCGGGGGACUGGUCAGGUCAGUUGGUCUGUUCGCGGAUGGUAGCGUGGAGUACGGGCCUGGCACGAUGGGUCCGAAGCAGGUAACAUAUGAGAAAGAGCAGCGCAGUCUGAUGGACUAA